UGGGGGCUGCACGAGCUGGCCAUCGGGGCCCGCACGCCAGGGGGCGCCGGCGGCGCGGACCCGCUGGUGGAGCAGCUGCUGGCCCUGGCGCGUCGCCAGGGCGUGCCGGCAGCGGUCGCGGACCAGGUGAAGCUGGUGAGCCACGAGGGGUGUCCCGCGCCGCCGACGCCCGCGCCGCCGGCGCGGCCGCCGCUGCAUGCGUUUGCGGACCACGCGGUAAUUCUGAAGCCUCCUGCCGGCAAGACUGGCGAGCCAGCGGCGUGGAUCGUGCUGCCGGGCGCCCAGAUCGAUAUGGCGACGUAUCGGCCGCUGGCCGAGGCAGUUCAGCAGAAGGUGUCCAUGCCUCUCUGGGUGGCAGUGCUUGGCACAUAUCUGACACCAUCCCCAAUCCCUCCAGAAGUCGGGCCUCGUAUUGACUACGUGCUGAGCGAGAUGAAGGACCAAGGCCUGGACCUUGACAAGGUAAAGCUCUUUUAUGGCGGCCACUCCUUGGGCAGCGUGUUCAUUCAGGACCACCUGCAUAAAUACCAUGGCGAUACAGGCCCAAUGAGCGGAAAGAUCGAGGUGCUUGGACAGGUGCUCAUGGGCGGCUUCAUUCAGAGAAAGUACGUAUACCCAAAUUGGACUUACCCCGUGUCGACGCUGACCAUUGGGGGAGAACUCGAUGGCCUGGCCAGGCCCACCAGAAUUGCAGAGGCCUACUACCAUUCCCAGGACAGGCUCAACGACUUCCCAGUUGCGGUGGUCAAGGGGAUGACGCACAUGCAGUUUUCGUCUGGAGAGCCUCCCUUGCUGGUAAAGCUCCGCGAUCUGCAGCCAGAGAUCACGUACGGACAGGCGUACGCCGCAGUGGCCAGUCUCGUCGCGCCCUACUUCGAGAAGAGGGCUGGGCUCGUCGAGCACCUAGAGUUUAUGUUGAUGCCGUUGUUCGUUCUUCGACCCUCGCACCUGGACUACACAAUGGAGUUCGUCACGCCAAUGAUCAGAGCCUACGAGCUCGAGGGCAAUCGAUGGUUCAACGCCAUGGACCAGGUGGGCGGCCCGGGCGAGAAGCACUGCGUGAAGGGGGGCUGCCCGAGCAAGUCUGCGUGGGCGCCUGAGGCUCAGAGGGUGAUCUCCGACGUUGACGGCUGGACGUUGACCGUCGACAACCAGUACGUCGACUGCAGCUCCACGCCCCUCACCGGUGAGGAGUUCCACCUUCCCGCCAUCACCGGCGACGCGGCGCAGAAGGCGCUCAUCACCACGUACUCGCAGGGCCACUGGGACGACACCCAGCCGUCCUGGUUCGACUGGAAGGAGGUCUUCGACCAGUUCGACACCGGCUUCGUGGCUACCAGCGCCGAGGAGAUCGGCACGAAGCUCGCCUCGCGCCAGUGCACGCUCAUCCAGGGCGUCGGCGAUGUUAACGCGUCGUUCAGUGUCGACGACCCGCAGUUCUGCGCGAUGACCAACAAGAAGGCCUACGAGUGGGCGCAAGCGGCCGCGGCGACCGCCUCGCUGGAUCGCUUCCACAAGCACGGUCAGAAGUACGUUUUCGGCGACGACAUCUCUAAGGCUGGUGGCCCCUCCUUCCUCUACGCGCGCCUGCAGUUCAAUGAGAAGACGGACUCCAGCGGCGAGAGCGUCAUCGAGGUAGCGUCGCCCAUGCAAAAGACCGAGAUCGAUUACUGGGAAAAGCACUUUGGCCCAAUCCCUCGGCCAUCUGCGAUUCCCGAUCCAGGCUGCUUCCACUACUGCAAGCUUCUUUCGCCUGCUCGUGCGAUGGAGUGGAUCUACAUCGAUUCUCUGCGGCGGAAGAAAG